AUGAUAUCGUGCUCAUUUGAUCGAAGACAAUGCCGAGUGAUUUGUAUCUUCGUUCGCACCGGGAUACGUAAUUGUGUUAUUUAUCGUCGCUCCAAACAUACGACUCGUGGGCUAGCAAGGAAUGACGUUAACCGGGCUAGAGGCUGUAAUGUAGCGGCUCGUUUUGUUGAUAACCCCAAAACAAUGGACAAAAUAUCUUUCUUCGUGAACGGUCAACGGUACUCUUUAUCUGGCUCGGACGUGGGCCAGGGUACGACGCUGAACAGCUACCUCCGUGAUCACCUGGGCUUAUAUGGAACCAAGUCUAUGUGCUACGAGGGCGGCUGCGGCGCUUGCGUGGUCACCGUCCGCCAACUGGAUCCGAUAACCAAGGAGAAGCAAGUCAUCGCCGUCAACUCUUGUUUAGUUGACAUCCUGUCAUGUCACACGUGGGAGAUCACGACUGUAGAGGGCGUUGGCAACUGCGGCCAGGGCUACCACCCUCUGCAGACGCGUCUCGCUGCGUUCAACGGAACUCAGUGCGGCUACUGCACUCCCGGCUGGAUAAUGAACAUUUUGUACGAAGGGUCGCGCGGAAGAUUGACUACGCGGGGGAUCGAGAACUCCUUCGGCGGGAACAUGUGCCGGUGCACCGGCUACCGCCCGAUCCUGGACGCCUUCAAGAGUUUCGCAACAGACGUGGGGGAGCACCAGGUCGCGAACAUACAAGACAUGGAGGAUCUGCACCAAAUGAAAUGCGUUAGAAGAUCGCUCCAAAAAUGCAGUCUGCUAGACGGGGAGUGGUGCGUAAUCGAGAAAGAGAAUGCGGAGGAGUCAAUGCUUCGAAUGGAGACCGUUGGGAGUCGCUGGUACAAACCAUAUAAGGUGGAAGACGUGUUUAAGAUAAUAGCAAGAGAGGGCUCGGACAGCUACAGAUUUGUUGCUGGCAACACUGGAAAAGGCGUAUAUCCUGUCGAACUUGAGCCGCGUGUCUAUAUAGACAUAUCGUCUAUCGGGUCCCUCAAGGAGGUGGCCAGGGCGGCCAACCUUAUCCUCGGCGCUGGUUUGUCCCUGACGGACCUGAUGAGGGAGUGCAAGGAGCAUUCGAGCACUAACCAGGACUUCAGCUACUUGGAGCAGUUCCACCGGCAUUUGGAGCUGGUGGCUCACGUUCCUGUGCGCAACAUUGGUACUAUAGGUGGUAAUCUCGCCUUGAAGAACGCACAUAACGAUUUCCCGUCCGAUAUAUUCUUGCUGCUGGAAACCGUGGGAGCUAUGGUCACAAUACUGGUCAGGGACUUGCGCAAGACAGAAGUGAAAAUGGAGGACUUCGUGAAACUGGACCUCAGGGACAAACUUAUAAUGGACGUUAAACUACCGCCAUUGUCCACGAGCAACAUUGUACGCACGUACAAGGUUAUGGCGCGGGCGCAAAACGCGCACGCGGUAGUCAACGCCGGCUUCCUCUUCGACAUGGGCGGGCCGCGGACUGUGACGUCAUGCCGCAUCCUAUUCGGCAACAUGGGCCCAAAGCCCACGCGUGCGAGCGAGACGGAGCAUCUACUCGCCGGCGCGGAGAUCGACGACGCGACACUACAGAGGGCGCUGGCCAAGCUGAAAGAGGAGAUAGUGGCAGUGGAAAUGCCGCCAGAGCCGUCGCCCUACUGCAGGAAGGCUAUCGCCUUGGGCCUGUUCUAUCAGGCGGUGCUAUCUCUGUGUCCAUCGGUGAAUCCCCGAUACAAAUCCGGGGGCGUCCCCUUCGAGCGUCCGAUAUCCAGCGGAAGACAGGCCUUCGACACGGACAAGUCACUCUGGCCUUUGAACCAGCCCGUGCAAAAGCUAGAAGCGCUGACUCAAUGUUCCGGGGAGGCUGCGUACAGUUGCGACGGAAGGGCCCCCCGGGAGGUGCAUCUGGCGCUGGUGCUGGCAGACGUGGCGGUCGCUGAACUCCAAUCCAUUGACGCCAGCGACGCCUUGAAACUAGAUGGCGUUGUUGCCUUCCUAGGCGCCAAGGACAUCCCCGGCAAGAACAGCUUUACUCCAUUCGUCGCGCCAGAGGACAUUCAGGAGGAGCUCUUCGCCAGCGCCAGGGUGCUGUACAACGGGCAGCCGCUGGGCCUGGUGGCGGCCGAGUCCAGGGAGCUGGCCCUCAGAGCGGCCGCCCUAGUCAAGGUCAAAUACAGGAACGUCCGGGAGCCACUCCUCACCGUCGAAGACGUCCUGAGAUCCCCAGAAAAGGACAAAAGGGUGCGACAAGACGUGAAGGUGGACGCUAAAGAGCGUGGUGGUGGUACUAAGUACGUGGUGAGCGGGUGGUUCUCCGUGCCGGGGCAGUACCACUACACCAUGGAGACGCAGUGCUGCGUGGCGGAGCCCCAUGCCGGGACCAUGAAACUGCGCAGCGCCACCCAGUGGAUGGACUGCGUCCAGACGGCCGUAGCGCAGAUGCUAGACAUGCCCCUCCAUAGCGUGGAGGUGUGCGUGGAGCGCGUGGGCGGCGCGUACGGCGGGAAGGCGUCGCGCUCCGCGCUGGCAGCGUGCGCCUGCGCGCUCGCGGCGCACCGCGUCCGCCGCCCGGCAGCCCUGCGCCUGCCGCUGGCGCACAACAUGCGCGCCGUGGGCAAGCGCGCGCCCUGCCUCUUCCACUACGAGGUGGGCGUGGAUCUGGCCGGCCGCAUCCAGCACCUGGAUUUGACCUACUACACGGACUGCGGCUGCUCGUUCGGCGAGACGUCCAGUUCGACCAUCGCGGACGCGGUGCGCAAUGUAUACGCGUCGGGAAGCUUCUCCAUUGCGGGCCACAGCGUGCGCACGGACAUGCCGGCCAACGUGUGGUGCCGGGCCCCAGGGACCACAGAGGGCACAGCUGUUACGGAGCACAUAAUGGAGCGGAUCGCACACACCACAAAUCUGGACCCAACGGACGUCAGAAUGGCCAACCUGGCGGCGAAAAACAGCCCGCUCGAGGAGAUAAUAGUGUCGUUCAAAAACGAGACCAACUACGAGGACAGAAGGCUCGAAAUCGCCAAACACAACGCCGAGAACGCGUGGAGGAAGCGCUCUUUAAGACUCUGCAUCAUGUCCUACCCGAUAGAGUACUACGGGAGCUUUCCGGUAACGGUGAAUGUUUACCACGCGGACGGCACGGUGCUGGUGGGCCACGGCGGCGUGGAGAUGGGCCAGGGGAUCAACACGAAGGUCGCUCAGGUGUGCGCCCACAAGCUGGGGAUUCCCCUGGCCAAAGUGGCGGUGCGCGGCUCGGACAGCUUCGUGGCGCCGAACGCGAUGGCCAGUAGCGGCAGCAUAACCAGCGAGAGCGUGGCGUUCGCGACCCUGAAGGCCUGCGAGGAGCUGCUGCGGCGGCUGGAGCCCUCGCGCCGGCAGCUGCCCAGCCCCACCUGGGAGGAGGUCGUGAGCAAGGCGCACGAAAACGGCGUGAACCUGCAGACUAGCUCGAUGACGUCAUCCGCGGACGCGCUCCGCAACUACGACGUUUUCGGAGUAUGUUGUGCCGAGGUGCUAUUAGAUGUCGCCACCGGGCGCCAUCAACUAACGCGCCUCGAUCUCCUGGAAGACACCGGACAGAGCAUCAGCCCCAACCUGGACGUGGGACAGAUCGAGGGCGCUUUUAUAAUGGGCCUCGGGCUAUGGACCAGCGAGCGACUGAUGUAUUCGAAGUCCGGACGUCUGCUGACGGACCGCACUUGGACCUACAAGCCGCCGGGGGCCCUGGACAUCCCGGCAGACUUCCGCGUCAGCUUCCGCCGGAAUUCCGUCAACAGGGCCGGUGUGCUCCGCUCCAAAGCAACGGGUGAGCCCGCACUAGUGUUAUCUGUGGCAGUGACUUUCGCCCUCCACGAGGCCAUCCUCGAGGCGAGGAAGGAGUUUGGUUACGUUGACACCGAUUGGCUACAUAUCGACACUCCAUACAGCGUCGAGAAUAUUAUCAAAGCGAUCGCGCCCAAAAUAGAAAGUUACAAGCUGAAA